AGAUAGAUAGAUAGAUAGAUAGGUAAAGGUCCGAUGCUGAAGAAAUUCCAUGCAAAUUCUCCUCCGGACGCACCGCACUUUAUGAGAUGUCAGCGGCGCAGUGAUGAAAAGGAAACGCGCGCACACACUCACAGGCUCGCUCCACACGCACACACACACGCACACCAAGAACCCCAAAAGCAGGCUGUAACAGAGACGCUGCGGCGGGGGACCCGCAGCUACGAUGACAAACCCAAACUGAGCCUGCUGUCAUCUGUCCGCGCCAGUCAUCCUUUUUUUUUUUUUUUUUUUUAAACGCGGAGGGGAGACACGAUUUCUGGACUUCAUGUGGCGUUUCGCUGGGGCUACCGUUGCAGCAGCGUGCGUGCACCAGGAUGCAUCCUCUGGCUUUUGAUGCUGUGCAGAUCCACCCUCCUCUCUCCUCAGAGUGAUGAACUAACAGGCAAUGGUUUUCUCCUCGGAAAUCCUCCGUGGUUUGGCUCCUUCCACGUUAGUUGGGUUUGUUUACCGGCGACCCGUCUCCUCCCGGUGCGACACAUGCACAUCCAGAGUAUUUUUUCUACCGUAGACUAGUUGAGCAGGCUGCAGAAGGAACACACCGCUAUUACCAAGUCUGACAAGACACUGAGAAUAUAUACAGUAUAUAUAUUUGUAUGCGUGUUGUGUGUGUGUGUGUGUCAGGUGAAUGAAAGCGCACAGGACUUGGAUGUACCUAUUUUUUCUAUGAUCCAACUGGUAGCCUUGCUCUGGAGAACUGAUCCAAUUGUGUUAUUAUGCAACCGGAAGGAUCUCAUCUACACCUGGGGGUCUAAGCCUUUGGAUUGCUCUUCGCCCAAAUCAAUGUGGUUUCUUUGGAACAUUUUCAGCAAAGGAACGCAUAUGCUGCAGUGUCUUUGUGGCAAGAGUCUGAAGAAAAACAAGAAUCCAAGUGAUCCCCAGCUCAAGGGUAUAGUGACCAGGUUAUAUUGCAGGCAGGGAUACUACUUGCAAAUGAACCCCGAUGGCUCUCUUGAUGGCACCAAGGAUGACAGCAGUAAUUCCUCUUUGUUUAACCUUAUUCCUGUGGGCCUCAGAGUCGUCGCCAUUCAGUCAGUGAAGACCGGUCUAUACAUCGCUAUGAACGGAGAGGGCCAUCUCUACACAUCGGAACUCUUUACAGCAGAAUGCAAGUUUAAAGAGUCAGUGUUCGAGAACUACUACGUGAUCUACUCAUCCAUGUUGUACAGACAACAGGAAUCGGGGAGAGCAUGGUUCCUAGGGCUCAAUAAAGAUGGCCAAGCCAUGAAGGGGAACCGAGUGAAGAAAACGAAGCCAGCUGCUCACUUCCUGCCCAAGCCAUUAGAAGUUGCCAUGUACAGAGAGCCAUCAUUGCACGAUGUYGGAGAGACAUUGCCCAAGGCGGCUGUACCUCCCAGUAAAAGCACAAGUGAGCCAGUGGUGAUGAACGGAGGCAAACCUGUCAACAAGCCCGACAAACCAGCCACAUAGCCACACCUGACCUUUGUCCAGUGGGUGUGUGAAGAGGUGAAAUGUGACAAAGGCUGGGCAUUUGUUUCUCCCCAACUAGACUCCUCCUGCGGAUUGCAUCCAGGCGAACCUCUCUUUCUUUAUUCUCCCGCUCCUCCUCUUCCUACUUUGUUUCUCCAGAUAUCUCAGUGCAGAUGGAUGUAUUCUGGCGUGGCGGAGUCCAUCUAUCCAGCACAGGAAAGAAGCGGACCUCUGAUCAUAGAAUGCCUUUAGAUUUUUCUGGAACUGUGAGAGAUCAUGUGAAAACCACACGUGUUUCACAGUGACGCUUGUUGUACUUUAUCUGAUGAAACCUUCUUUACGACUGCUAUGUUGCAGCAGAUUCUGUGUACCUUCAGAUCUAUUUUCUAUACCACAGUUCACCAGCUAUGUUCUGGGAUAGAGACUGUAUAAAUAGAGUAAAUCUUUGGACUACAGUCCUAUAUUUUUUACAAGUAUGUCCCCGUCUUCUCUUUCUAUCUCUAGUCACAACUACUUCUUUUUGGUGUCAAUGAAACCUAGAAAAAACACAUUUUGCAAGGGAGAUGUAUGAUUUUCUAAGAACCAUGUCAACAAAAACAGGGCAUAAAAAGCAAACAUAUAAAACAGUUCAAAUUGUUAUUUUUGUCAACCAAAUGCAUAUCCCUAAAACCAUCAAAGAUGUUGCUUUUUUAUAGCCCAUAAAAACACACUGGAGGCUGGCAGAUAGCUCCCGUAAUCAUAGUUGAUGAAGUGCUAAUUACCACCACUGCAAUCAAUGCAAGGAGCUCCCCCCCACACACAC